CUACUCUCCUCUCCUGAAAGGCGAUUCCAGUGUAUCCAACCUGUUUUCUCCCUUCAUCCUUCUUGGUAUGAACGUCUAACCGUCUUCAUUCGAAUUUCGGGGUUCGACCCGCCACCUCACAAGCUGGAUUACGAUGCUAACAGGGCAUAGCAUACGAAGACACUCGGCUCUUGGGAACCAUUACGGCAGCUCCCUGCUAGCUACAAGACACCCAGUUGCGACUAGCUUGUUGUCAUCACGAUGCAACUGUUUGGUUUUGUCCCGCUAGUUACAGCUUUAAUCUUGCUCGCGCUGGGAGCCGAAGGGGCCCAAAAGUCACCAUACAAUGCAUGGACGCAUCACAGAAACGCAAUGGAGUGGUGGAUCCUGUGGCCCAAAACUGACGACAGGGGACUGAAACUCAUGACGCUCCCCGCAUGCAUUCGAGACUGCAUCACUCCGGAGAACUCCUGGGUCAAUAUCCGCGGCGCAAAUGUGUCGGUACAUACCGUCACCCGGCGGGUGUUCUGUGACCCAAGACUCGGUCUUGUCAAGAAGUACUUUGUCAGGCAAAUCGGAAGAUGUACCUUGGAGAGCUGCAGAUUUGAGCACUCACUGUGGCGCCUGAGGAAGCACUACGAUGUAUGGCUUCAGGGUCUCUGCGUGCCUCCCGGCAUCAGACGGCCAAAAAGCGUUUGGAGGUUGGAGACCGAUACCGUCCUAAAACCCAUGAUUGACCCUUCCUUCAACAACACAGACGUCCUUACCGAUAAUGACGCCGACGGAGAUUUCGAUUGGGAAGCUUACGAUGAUUACGGUUGGGACGCCUACAAGUAUGUCGACUGGAGUGCCUACGGGGAUGUUGGUUGGGAUGUCGACGAGGAUCACGAUUGGGGUGACUAUGAGGAGUUCGAUCAGGAAGCCAUAACCCCCAACAAGACCGCCCUUGGAAGAGAGUGGAGCAACACAGUCUACGCCGGCAAACGUCGCCCAGGAAGGGUUGACGGAAAGAGUUGAGACGGGUAGUGUGACCGAAACCAUGUACAUGGACAACAUCGUCUUCCAUGCGUGACGGGGAGAGAAGUAACAAGCCAGCAGAGCACCCUGCGGUAUGUAGAACCAAGGCCAAACGACAAUGUCAUUUCUCCUCAGUAAUACCG